UAACAAUAUAUAAAUAAUUAAAUUGAAAUAUUUAUAUAAAAUAAAAAUAGAAAACAACCAACCAAAAUACAAGGAAGACAAAACCCCAAUUGUGGUUUUUACCAGGGAAAUAAGAAACCUAGGCUAAUGCAAAAUGUACCCAGAAUUGCCAAUUGCCUUCUUUUCUCAGUGAACUACUCUAAACAGCUGGGUAAAUAUCUUCUUCUAGUUGAAGCAUGGCGGAAGUGCUUUCUGUGAGUCAAAGCUCUGAACAGCCCAACAUAUUGGCCGAAGCAGUCACUAAUCAAAACCCACUGCCGAAUAUUUCUCAAAAUGAAACUGAAAAAGGGCAGCAUCAAAAUAUUCGUGAGGAAUUCACGCACAAGAAUCGCCUUCAAGAAUUAACCCAGCGAUCAUCCCUAGGUCGUCCUAUUUAUCAGACUAUCAAUGCAGGCUCUCAGCAUGCACCCCUAUUUCAGUCCAGUGUUUUUGUUGAUGGGGUUUGGUAUACCUCUCCUAGCACAUUUUCACAUCUGAAGGCUGCAGAGCAGGAUGCUGCAAAAGUUGCCUUGAUUGGCGUGAAAGAAAAGAUGAAAAACGAGGGAUGCCCUCUUAUUCGUGAGGAUACGGUGUUUUGUAAGUCUAUCCUGAAUGAGUAUGCUGUUAAAAUGAACCUGGAGAAACCUACUUAUCAGACAGUUCAAUCUGCGGCAUUGCUUCCUGUUUUUAAGUCUACAGCGGUCUUCAAUGGUAUUCAUUAUAGGGGUGAAACGGGGAAAAACAAGAAAGAAGCUGAACAGCUGGCAGCUAGAGCAGCUGUCAUGUCUAUCUUAGAAACCGGUGCUGGAACUGUGAUGUUUGAGAUCAUCAAGUCUAAACGCAAGCUUUAUGAGGCACUAGAUAAAGUUCAAGAUACAAGUGAUUUUAAUGCUGGCUUCAUGCCAAUGGAAUCUGGUCGUCCAGUUCAUGUGGAUAAAAGAAAAGAAGUUGAAACUAUUGGAGAUCAUGGGGAAAGGGCUAAUAAUGGACUUUUAGCAUAUAGUUUGGGACAACCUAGUGAUGCUCAGGCAUCAGCUCAGCUUCAUGUGUUUAAAAGGCCAAAACAAGGAUCUUCAUCAGUAGAAGUGCCCUCUCCCAUAGUAUUUGUGCCCCCUGUCCGGGAUCCAUCUUUGGUUUGCUCAACUUCCGGAAAGAAACGGCGAAACAGGAAAAAAGCAAAGAAAAAUGUGCAAGUUGACCCUCAGGUGCCUGCUGCUACUUUGCCAUUGGCUCAAACUCCUCCCUGCUCGGUGGCACAGUGAGUUUCUUAGGCGAUCAUUAUUGUCAGAGGUUUCAAGUUCUGUUGCAUUUGCAAGAAUGGAGGCUAAGUCCGUUACGAUAACAAGGCAUAUAUGUAUGUUAUCUUACGUAAAUUGUUGCUCCGUGUAGUAACUUGGUACAAAAAGUGUGUUAAAGACGUGCCACUUUUACUGUAGUUGUGUUUAGUUUCUUUAUGGAUUCGUGAAAUACUUGUGAAUUUCCUAGUUUUGGUAUGCUUUUUUACUUCC